GCUGACUCGGCCAUGUUAGAUCCUCCACCGUCGUAAGCAAUACCCUCGUAAUAUUGAUGCACAGCGUUACAGUAAGUGUAACAAUGGCAAGCUGAGAAUGCUGGUUCACAACAACGGGCGAUGGUUGCUUAGUCGCUGUCUGUGCGUGCGUGAGGUAUCAGUCGUGGCGUGGACUCGUAGUCUGAAAAUAAUAACGGAAGCGUUCUUUCUGAACCGACGACCGCUCCAUGCACUCACCAAUUACGACUAAACUAAUUGAGACUUAACAUUUCUCAUCGUUUUUGCAAUAAAUUACGGUAUCAAAUAAUUUGACAAUUUCAAAUAAAUUGCUCAAUGUCUAAAGUUGUUGGUGCAUUCUGCAUAUUGUUUUAAGACACCGUGGGAAUUUUAGCAAUUUACUAAAAUUAGCUCUACACACUGGGCUUUCAUGGAUUUAAAUAAUAGUGAAUAUAUCCUGUGGUAGUAUGUCUUCGAUGUUAGUGACAGUGUGAUUGUGAUCUUGUGCGAAUAUUUGUUCAUAUUAAUUUACAUACUAAUGUACUGAUUUUCCACGUAAGUAUGUAAGUGUUUCUCAAAUUUAACUACUGAAAUAAACAAUUAUUCGUGCUCCAGGACGGUUCGAUGAAACAAUAACAACUGAAGAAACCCACAUAAGCGGAUAUAACAAUUACAUAUGUGAACCGAUAUAUUAAUUUAAUUUCGACAUGCAAGAAUAGGAACAUCGAACCGGGCAUUCAACUUAUUCAACAGCACUUUCCAAAUGCUGACCAUGGUCAUCCGACGAUGAUCUCAAAUUCGCUACCAAUAUUUCAAUGACAACACAAACAAAUAUGAAACAAAGAAUGACAUGGAAGAAUUCGGGAAGAGUCCUCAACUUGCUUCUCCACGUGCUCACUGCCCUCGUGGGUGUGGCAAGCUCCACCCACGAAGAUUGUCCAUGGUACCGGAAGGAUGAAAGGCUACCCGACCAAAUCAAGGCCAACUGCAUAUGUGCAACAAACCCCUCCUCGGAUAACCAACUCAGCAUUCAGUGUCACGAUAUUCAUGCCGAAACGCUGGUCUCAAUUUUAGUACAGUUUCAUGCAGGGACCAAACAACCCUUGGAAUUAUUGUAUUUGAACGGAAGUCGAGUAACCAAUGCGGAUGGAAUGCUAUUACCCAGCUUAUUCAGAGACCUAAAAAUUGUGAGUUUACAACUGUCUGGAUGCAAAAUUAGCAGCGUGCACAAGGAUUCAUUUUCAGGAAGUGAGGAACACUUGAAACAUCUCUCACUCUCUCAAAACGAGCUUUCUUCCGUGCCAAGUGAAGCAUUAGGAAACCUGAACCGUUUGUCCCUUCUUGACCUCAGCUACAAUAAAAUUACACGAGUUGCUCAAGGAUCCUUCUCAAAACUGAACAAAUUGGCAACAUUAAAGUUGCACGACAACAAUUUAGAAUUGCAUCCGGCCAGUUUCAUCGGACUGGAACGCUCGUUGAGAAACUUGAAUCUUAAAGGCACUCGUAUCAGUCAUAUUCCAGAAGCCAUCUACAAUUUAUCGUCACUGGCGUUUUUGGAUCUAGCCCAGAAUAGGUUACGAGAAUUGGAACCUUAUCAUUUCGUGGGACUGCACUCUCUCACAGCUUUAAAUUUGGAGAGAAAUCUGCUUCAAUCCCUCCCCGAAUCUGUAUUUGAAGGAAUCAAUGAUACACUAAGCUCAUUAAGCCUUCUUAACAACCUUAUCACAAAUUUUCCGCGUAGUGCUCUAAAAAACCUGCACGAACUACGGGUUUUGGAUUUGGGUUUUAAUUUAUUGACUGAAGUGCCACGAGAUGCAUUUCAAGGUCUAAAAUCUUUGACGCUACUGGCUCUUGAUGGCAACCCACUUGCCACGCUAUCGGAAACCUCAUUUGCUCCACUGAACACAACACUACGUGGGAUAAGUUUGGGAGGAAGAUUUUUAAAUUGCGACUGCAGGCUUCAGUGGGUUUUAGAAUGGGUUCAGACGUACGAUUUGCAAGUGACUUCAAGAGAAAGAAACCCACAAUUUUGUGGAUCUCCAACAUCAUUGCGAUCACUAAACUUUUACCAAAUUCAACCAGAAGAUUUGGCCUGUCCUAAAAAUGAGACCAUCAAAAAUGAUUAUGAUGUAAAUCUUUCACCCGAAGAUAUGGCCCUUCUGGGAAUGGGUUCAUCUUCCGUGUACGCGUCAAGUACCAAUAAGGAGGAAGGAGGAGGCAGCAGCAGUGCAUUAGAAGAUUCGAGUGAGCAAGAGACAGAGGAGAAUAGAACGACUUUCACCCUGGAGGCCCCUGUUCCCCCCGUCACGCAACAAGAGCGAAAUGGGAGCGUUUCUAAAUUCAAACCCCGACGACCUCGUCCCAUAACCAAAUUCACAAAGGCGAUUAGCAGCACCACACCUUCUACUACUUCUACUACGCCAGAGGAAAUCUCGAAGCAUGACUCUGGUUCCGGAGAGGAAAACAAUUCAAAGAAGCAAGUUUCGUCUUUGGAGACGGAUUUCGUAGGACUCAACAUAUCCAACAUUGCUAAGCAGAGUCCAAUUAAAAAAAUCAUUAACAAUGAACGCUUGAGCUCACAAAUACGUCAAAAUGGAUCAACAACCCCUCCUCCAUUAAUUCUAACAACAACAACAACAAGCACACAUUUUACAACUCAUAAGACUCCAGUCAGAAAUCCACCAAUCCGUCCGAACUCUGUAAGACAUCGAAUCACGCCGAAAACGGUGCCAACCACAACGACCAUCACCACUACGACUAUGAGUACUUCAAGUAAGACCUUGCCCCCCGAAUACGACAAUAAUUCACAAUAUCAAACAACUUCGUCAUCAUCGUCCACAACAACAACAACGUCAUCAACAAUUUCUCCAGGAUCUCCUCAGCGACCUCAUACUUCAAAGACCACAAUAAUAGAUGCAGCUGAAAUUGAUGAUUCAAAAAUUCCCGUAAUUUCUGGAAUUGGUUCUGCAGUUUCGAGUCCAAACUUACAUACGGGUAGUAUAAUGUCCGUGAAGCAACCACUCCCAGUACAAACUCAUAACCAGAACGUCAAUGUUUUGCCAAAAUCAAUGCUGGAAACUCAUCAUCAAGGAGGAAAUCGACUCCCACCCCCGCACCCUAACCUCAUUUUUGCAGACAAGUCAGAAAUUGUUGUACAAGAAAUAGUUCGCAACGGGGACUCUGUAACGCUACACUGGGAAAGUUCCAAACAAGCUGUCGGCUUUCGGAUAAUUUACCGAUUGUUCGGAGAGGACUCAUUUCGACACGGACCUCCACUUGCUUCCACUGAGACGGAAUACCGCAUAAAAAAUAUUCCCAACAAUGAAUGCAUGGUAGUUUGUGUGGUCCCCUAUGAAGAAAUAUUGUACAACGAGAUCAGUCCAAGUGCUGCAAGCGUCCCUCCAGGAAGUCAAUGCAGAGAAGUCAAACCAACCUCGCCAUCUGCACUAAUGAACCACAUGGACAAAAUUACAAUUGGAGCAAGUGCAGCAAUAUGUGUAACAGUGUUAAUAGCGGUCCUCAUAUUUAUCGGAAUUACCAGACGGGCCAAAAGCAAACAACGUCCCCCAUCAACGUCAACACUACUUGCCAAGCUUCCACCAACAUCAUUUAUGACCCCAACGCCAGGACCAAACAUGGUCCAAACUUCUGGAGGGGCAUACGGAAUGGCGAAAGAUUGGGAUGCAAUGUCAGUUGUGUCUACGAAAAGCAUUCCGAGGGCGAGGAUGUACCAUGGAAGUAUGGAUGGGCUGGCAAACCCAUCCAUGAAAACUGCAACGUUGAAUCCUCAUUUUACUCGAGGUGGGCCUGAUGGCUUAUCCACCACCCAUCGAAGCUUUUCCGCCGCACACCACCAUCAUCACAGCAACAAUAUUGGACACCAUAAUCACGGUUAUCAUCACCAGCAUCGCCAAGUGGGGAAUGUUCACACACAUGGCAGCGCAGCGUCGGCAGUUAAUAAUUAUCUCAACAACCAAAACCGCCUGCUUAGAACAAGUCUGGGGUCUAGAGCGUCGUACGACGCCCUCAAUAAAUUGGCGACAAUUCGGCAUAGUCAUCAUCAAUUUGAGCAUAAUCGACGAAAACGUUCAUCCAGGCUAAACCAAAGUGAAUCUUUAAAUACGCUCAACGGGUAUGAAACCCCGGACAAUUGGACAGACCAUGACCAUGACCAUGAAUUUUAUGUGGCAAGAAAUCAUACCCGUCAUGAUUUAGUUCAAUUAUGACACCUUAAGUAGAACUAAUUACAUGGUCCUCAGCUUUAAAUGUGUUAGAAUUUGUGUAUAUUUGUGUAAAUUUGUGUAAAGACAAACCUGUCCAUCUCGUCGUAUGUAGAUAUAUGAAUAUUAAGAAAUAAUUACGAGAAAAAUAAAUUAAAUAAAACUAGGCUACUAUUAUA